AGCAUAUGACUACUUGUGAGCACAUACGUUGUUGAACUUGACGAAGCUGUUUACAAGAGUUCGAAGGCUACUUUUAUUGAACGCAAAUCGGCAAUGAAAUAAUGGAAUAGCGUAACACAUAAGACGUCCGACCACAGGUAUUUUGACGGCGACAGGUUCACAAGGUAAACAACCAUAUAUCGCUAUACAGUUACAUUCGUAAGGUGCGUGGUUUGAACAUAUGUGAGUUAUAUGUUGUAAAUUAGUGGUGCGCUCUACGUUGUUUGUCAUCGUAAGGAGUAAACAUUACUAUCAGCACGUGAGCACAUCGCCUGCGCAGAGAGAGAGAGUUAAAGGAUGCCGACAGCGGCUUGUCUCCAGGGCCAUGCCUGGGAGAACUGGGAGUGGGACAGCGAGGGAAAGUCACCGGACGCCCUGCUGUCUCCAUGCCGACAAGCUGUGUACUUCCACAUCAACCCUCUGCUGGAAAGUCAGGGCACGGCUGGCGUAAGAGGAACGAAAGGCUUCUGUCAUGGAGAGCACUACUGGGAAAUUGAGUUUCUGGAGCCUCCUUAUGGGACGUCUGUGAUGGUUGGAGUUGGAACAGAAAAGGCUCUGCUACACGCAGGUGACAAGCAGUUUAUCAACUUAUUAGGGGCGGACGGGGAGAGCUGGGGUUUGUCUUACAAAGGGUCUCUCUGGCAUAACGGGAAGAGCAGGAAGUACACCGAGCCUUUCUACGACAAAACCACCGUCAUCGGGGUCCUGCUGGACCUGGAUGCGGGAACGCUGAGGUUCUUCCGGAACGGCGCGAACCUCGGACUGGCUUUCUCCGGCCUGGACGAGGUUGGCUGUGCUCUCUACCCCCUGGUCAGCUCCACGGCCCCAGACACGGAGCUGUUAUUGGGGGUGCGAACGAGUCGUCUGCACUCGCUGCAGGAGCGGUGUCUGCAUACCAUCGCGCAGAGUCUGCGUCCCCUGGCAACACUGCAGCCCCUGGACACACUGCCCCUGCCUUCUGCCCUGCUCUUCCAGCUACACAACCACACCACACACCACACACACCCUCCACACAACACCACCGCACAAACAAACCUCACGCUACCAAAACACGCCACUCAACCACAGCACACACCACCAAAGCCCGCAACAGAAACACACCACAAACUCCCAAAGUCCACCACACAGCCAGGCCUGUGCUGACGCACGAGGCCUCAGUCUCAGAAUGUAGCACUCAGGAACCAAAGUGUAUUAUACCUAUUGUAUCUUAUACAUAACAUCAGGGAGAAAUGAAAAAUGUCUUAAGUGAUUCAGUGUCAGGACACACUCAGAUACAGAGACUCGUUUAAACAAUUUAAACCCAUUUAAAUCCUUUUUUUUAGUCAUGUGAUCACUGUGGUUUAUUUUCAUAAGUGUUAUCAGGUAAUGGUGUCAUGAUUUUGAAAAAAGACCAUGUGACAAGGUUGUCUUAUACAUAUAUGUACGUUUGUGUGUGUGUAUGUGUGUGGGAGGGAGGGAGAACCAGUUGAACGUUUGUCUUGGUCUCUGUAUGUUGUGAAGCUGUCCCGAGCCAUCCGUUUGAAACUGACUGAAUGAUGAAGUGUUUUUGUCUGAGGUGGGUGUGUCCAAGAGCAGGAUGUGAUGUAAUUGGACCGUCCUUCUGAGGGCGGUCUUAAAUAUGACCGCAAAACGUCAUUUUUAAGUUCGUCGUCAUUCCAGCACUCUCAUGGUUUGUUCUUCGUGACGUGAUUGAGUGCACAAACUGUUGUGUCUGAUACCGUGAGGUUCAGUCAAGUUUUUAUGUACAGUUUGGAACAAGGAGAUGGAAGAACCAAAGAGGUGGAUUACAAAGAGAAUAUAAAGUUAUCAGUAUUUUAUGAAUAUAUAAAAACAAGUGUGUUUUGGAAGCCAUAUAAAACAGCCAUUUUAAGUGCAAAAUAAAUUAAUUUAUGGAUCAAA